UUACAUAAAAUAGAGACAUCAAAGUAUAACUGCAAGCAGUAAGAAAAACACGGUCAUAAAAAACGAACACAUUGAUCAGUAGUAUGGUCCUCAAUCAGCUUUCUGAAUUGCCCUAGUGGCACCAGAACAUCAAAUUUAAGAUUGUUUUUAAGAUUGUUCCACAAAUAAGGUGCUAGACCAAAGGAAUUUCCACAGUUGGCCAUCCCUGAGACCGGAUUUGGUAACUCGUAUGUCUAAAGUUUAGUAAUGAUGUUGGGUACAGUGGGACUUUAUGUAAUAGGGCUCUAUAAAUGAAAACAUAGCAAUGUAUCAACCUACGUGACAUCAAAGUGGCCAACCAACUUUCUGGUAGAGAAUGCAGUGGCCAAACUAAAAUUGCAACCUUUAUAAUACAUAUGAUAAAAAUAUUUAUCAUGGGUAUUAAAAUGUCAUGAAUCAUUAGGAAAAUGGAUGAUGCCCGAGUUUCCGAUUAGUAAUUCCAAAUUGGAUGAUCGUUCAAAAGUUUUUCCCGAUCGGAGCAAAUUUUUUCCCGCAUGGAGUUGCUUUGAACGCACCAUUAUGGCAUAAAUAAAUGGCUCUGCUUUUGAGGAAUUAAACGUUCCAUUAUGACACAAAUUGAUGUAAUAGAAAUAAACUUCAUACGUAAUUGCCCACGUUUAUGACAAAAUAUGGAAUGUUAGUAACAUUGACCCCAUGUGUAUCUUUGAUAUUCAACUAUGAACGGAGUUCAAUAUGGUGUCGAUCAUGGUGUAAUAACACAAUCACCUAAAUAAUUCGGGUCGGGACUAGCCAUGGAUGACUCACUGGUGCUGAAGAAACGGGGAUAUACACUGGGCAUCAGUUUAGGCGAGGGGUCGUACGCCAAAGUAAAAUCCGCUUAUUCGGAGCGUCUGAAGACCAAUGUUGCAAUUAAAAUUAUUAACAGAAGAAAGGCGCCGGCAGAUUUUUUGGAGAAGUUCUUGCCCCGGGAAAUGGAGAUCCUUGCAUCCCUAAAUCACCGCAACAUCGUCAAGACCUUCGAGAUCUUCGAGACUUCAGAAGGCAAGGUGUACAUGAUUAUAGAGCUUGGUGUGCAAGGGGACCUACUAGAGUUCAUCAAAUUCAGGGGUGCUUUGCCCGAAGAUUUCACCAGAAAACUGUUCAAACAGCUGUCACUUGCAAUACAAUUUGCACACGACCUAGAUGUUGUUCACAGAGACUUGAAAUGUGAAAACCUGCUAUUGGACAAAGACUUCAACCUCAAAGUGUCGGACUUUGGAUUUGCCAGGAGGAUCAAUUAUGAUGAUGUUGGACAAAUGAUUCUCAGCAAAACAUUCUGUGGCUCUGCAGCCUAUGCAGCACCAGAGGUAUUACAGGGGCUCCCAUACAAUGCCAAAGUGUAUGACGUUUGGAGUAUGGGGGUCGUUCUAUUCAUCAUGCUCUGUGGGUCUAUGCCCUAUGACGACUCCAAUAUAAAGAAGAUGCUGAAAAUUCAGAAAGAGCAUCGCAUUGACUUCCCACGCAGCAAAACUGUCCCUACAGAGUGCAAAGACCUGAUGUAUCGCAUGCUUAACCCAGAUGUGGCCCAGAGGAUAGAGAUUGAUGAUAUCCUUGAGCAUGUAUGGGUGCAGUCAAAAUCCAAAUCACAUGAUGGUAGUAAGAGACAAGAAGAUGUACCUUCCACAUCUGAAGCUGCUUGCUCCAAAAAGGAAAGGAAGGGUGAAAGUAGUACGCAUGAAAGUAAGCAUCCUCAUGGUAAUGAGGACAAGAAACGGGCGAAAGUGGAGGCUGAGGCCGAAUCGGACCCUAAACUUUCUGUGGAGAGCAAAGAGGCAGCUGGACCAUCUAAGCGUACCAAGAAAAAAUCAUCCCCGGAUGCAAGGAAUGACUUCCCUGCUGAUUCAUUCCACCUAAUUAGUUAAGAAUAAAUUAAGCAUACAUCUUUGUCAAGAUUAACCAUAUAGACUUAUAGUUACAUUUCUUCACAUGUUGAGUCUGCU